AUGCCUGUGGAUUUCAGUGGAACCUGGAAUCUUAUCAGCAGUGACAACUUUGAAGGAUAUAUGGUGGCUUUAGGUAUUGACUUUGCAACACGCAAGAUAGCAAAAAUGCUGAAGCCUCAGAAAGUGAUCAAGCAAGAUGGGGAUUCAUUUUAUAUCCAUACCACCAGCACAUUCAGAGAUUAUUUGCUUGAGUUCAAAGUUGGAGAAGAAUUUGAUGAAGAUAAUAAAGGCCUGGAUAACAGAAAAUGCAAGAGCCUAGUUACCUGGCAAAAUGACAAACUUGUCUGUGUCCAGACUGGAGAGAAGAAGAACAGGGGCUGGACACACUGGCUUGAAGGGGGUGACCUUCACCUGGAGCUUCGUUGUGAAAAUCAAGUAUGUAAACAGGUCUUCAAGAGAGCCUGA